UACCAGCAAACAUUCUACCACCACCGCAGCGCAUAAAUUCAAACAACCAAACAAAACAAACUAGCAAGGCAAGUUUAAAUGUAAUGCAUCAUCAUCGCGUAUAUCGCGACUGACUAUGUUUUAUACAGUGGAAUCGUGAUUCAUGUAGUGGAAUCGUGGCCGGCUACGAUUUAACAUCAUAAUGUUAAUUUUUGAUUGUUUUGUUCUAUAAAAAACUUUCUUAAAACUAAUUUUUCAUUUUAUUAGUUUUCUUUUUUUUUGUUUUUGGUGUGUUAGAAAAACUCGACGUUUUGCUUUGUUGUGAACGCGAAUUUCCACCGUAUGUUUGUGUUUCAAUUAAAAAGUUUUUAAACGUGAUAAUUUAACUUUUGUGAAGUUUUUUAUUUCUUUGGUUUUUUGUUGGUCGUUCUUUUUUAUUUGUGUUUAGUGAUACUUUUGAUUUGAUUUGUUUGGAAAAGUGUUUUUUUUUCCUUGUGGAAAUUUUGUUGGGAUUUAUUUUUCUGAAAAUGCAAAACAGAAACUGACCAAACACCAACAAAUUUAAAAUUAUCGUCAAGCCAAUCACAAUAUUCAUUUACAAAAAGAAAACAACUAUGAACCAGAGUGUUAACAAGCCAAAAUAGCGAAAUGGAAAAAAUAAAAUAAAUUAAUUUUAAAAAUAAUUAAUACAUGGGAAUGACAGAUUUCCCACAAAUAACAGAACCAGUAAAACCUUUAUAUGCAACAACGUCAUCUGCGUUAGGAUCGAAAAAGGAUAUAGAAAAACGGAAAAAUAAAAAAAUUAAAUUAAUCAAACAAAGAAAGUUUCCAUCCAAUACAGUUUUACCGUUUGACGGUGGUGUAAUUUUACCAAAAAUACAAGAACAUUGUACACAUAAUAUCUUAAUACGAACUGGUUUCAAGUGGUGUUCGUAUCUACAACGGCCAAUCAAAAUGGAUGAUGGAUUUGAAGAAGUACGCUUUCAAGAAGAUAACAAUGCAGCUAGUCAAAAUACUAAAUCAAAUUAUCAUAAUAAUUUAGAAGUAAAUAUGAAAGCUGGUGAUUCAUCCAAUAAUGUGGGUACAUAUUUGGAACAAAACAAUCAACAUAAAAAUCAUGAUUACAUUGAUGAUGUCUUAAGUUUUCAACCGCAUUACAAUCAAAAUAAACAAGACCCGUCCAAUAAUUUGGAACAACCACCGCAUACAGCUGAACGAAAUUAUCGUAAUAAGUACAUAUCAAUUGGUGUUCAAGCAUCCCCGCUACCACCAUAUCGUUUACGAGUCUUACCGAAAUGUCCUCAGCCACCGCCAGCAAAAAAAUUAGAUGAAGCAUCCCUGGGUGAUGAAGUACUUACAUCACCUGGUUGUCUGCUUUGUAUAGGAUUUCAAACAUGUGGACAUUGUUUGGGUCGUGUAUUUAUGUCACAAUGUGGUUUAGGUUUAUUUUUAUUUGCAUGGGCGUUACUCGGUGCAGCUGCAUUCCAUUUUACAGAAGGUCCAUUUGAAUUAUCAGAAGCUCAACGAUUGAAGGCAUUACAAAAUGAUUUAGUAGUGGGUCUAGCAACAGAUUUACGUCUCGUUGAUAAUUUACAGCCAGCCUGGCGUGAAACAAUCGAAAAAUACAUCGAUAAACAUGAAGUGUUACUCUUGGAGAGUGUUAGUAGUGGUUACGGUGAAGGUGGUGGUAAAAAUGGUCAAAUUUGGAGCUACCCUGGUUGUAUUCUAUUUGCCAUAUCCUUAUUAACAACUUUAGGUUUUGGUGCACCAGUUCCACGUACAACCAUGGGCCGCACAACAGCCGUCGUAUUCUCAGCUAUUGGCAUUCCCUUACACUUUUUAUUAAUAUUAAAUAUUGGAAUGGUAUUAGCUAGACGAUUACAACGUUGGUCAACCGCAUACCCAUCAUACACACUAGACAAUUUAAAUGAGAAAAAAUGUCAUAGUUUUGAUAUAAAUAUUGCCCUACCAAAAUGGUUAAAUUGGUUUCCAGUUGGUACUGGCAUCGCAUAUUAUAUUUUAGGUACAUUAAUUUUUGGUGUGGCACGUUCACGAAAAUUCGAAAGUUUUCUAUUUCCAUUAGACUUUACAGCAACCGGUGGUGUUGGAUUAACGCCCGGUUAUAUGCGUAUCGGUUAUGGCCUUUAUUUAGAAGGUGCUGUUAUAUUGGGUGGUAUUGCGAUAUCAUUAUUACAAAACUCUGCGACUAGUAAAUUAACUGACAUUGGCCUUAAAUUAGGUUUAUUGACGAAUUCAUAACUACAACUGCCUUGAGAUAUUUGAUAUACUAAAUGUAAUAAAUAGUUAUUAUAACGCACAUUUAAAAAAAAUAAAAAGUAUUGUCAAUUUUUGUGAUUUUAUAAAAACAAAACAAACAGCCUUUCUUAUAAAAGUAAAUGACUUUCUGAUGUA